GCCACUGCCGCUAUAACCGACGUCGACGACGCCGACGCUGCCGCCGCCGCCGCUAUUCUCCGCGUGCACCCACUAGCCCCACUCGCCAGUAGGUCGCCGAUCAUCGUGGCAAGUCGCUGAAUGCAAGGCUAGAAGAGAGCACCGCACUGGAGAUCGUCACCAAUGAGUUUGGCCUGCUGUUCGCUGCUGCCUCUCUAACUAAUCGCAAGCGUGUGUGAUGCCCGGGAGCCGCUCCAGCACGGACCCAGAGCACAAGUCACCGCGGGAAAGUGGUGAAGACUCGGAGGAUGAGAGCGAGAUCCUGGAGGAGAGCCCGUGCGGGCGGUGGCUUAAGCGCCGGGAAGAGGUAUAUGUAGGUUCCAAAUCGACGUUAGCCGAAGGCUCGACGAGCUUUGGAUCAACGAGAGGAACUGAAAACGAAAUUACCGAAAUGGAAGUGGGACAGAGAGAUGUCCCAGGAAUUGACUGUGCCUAUCUGGCGAUGGAUACAGAGGAGGGUGUCGAAGUCGUGUGGAAUGAAGUGCAAUUUUCGGAAAGGAAAAACUUCAAGGCCCAGGAAGAAAAGAUACAGCUCGUUUUUGAGAACCUCACGCAAUUGGAGCACCCUAACAUUGUUAAAUUUCAUAGGUAUUGGACAGAUACCCAUAAUGACAAGCCCCGAGUUAUAUUUAUAACGGAAUAUAUGUCAUCUGGGUCCCUGAAACAGUUCCUAAAGCGAACAAAACGCAAUGUAAAAAAGUUGCCUCUACAAGCGUGGAAACGGUGGUGUACGCAAAUACUUUCUGCACUCAGUUAUUUGCAUUCCUGUUCACCUCCUAUUAUACAUGGGAAUCUUACCUGUGACACAAUAUUUAUCCAACAUAAUGGACUUGUAAAAAUUGGUUCAGGUAAGUGUUGUGUAAGAAGGAAGAAAAAUAGAGAGAACUUCUCCUCUUGCUACAUAAUGUGUACAGCGAUAUCAUUUUAUAUCUAAACAAAGACAGCAUGCCUGAAUUUAUAUAAUAUUAUCUGAACUUGUGUGGUAAAUUUAAAUUACUACACGGUAGGAUUGCUGUUCUCUGAACGAAAAUAGUUAAUAUGCAACAGGAUAAGGUUGUAUGUGUGUGAGAUAUCUUUCAUCUUCUCAUUCACAGGGUUGUCAGAAACUUGCAUCUACAUUUCGUUGCAAUUUCUCGUAUUUUGAGAAAUACAAAGACAGUAGCGAUUACAUUUCUUACUAAGUAUUCUGUCUUUUUGUUUAUAUAAAGUGUUAGAGAAGAUACAGGUCUUAGAAGGUAUAUCCACUGAAAUGAGUGAGAAAUAAUCCAUGCUAAUAUUUUUUGCUCAAUUUAGUAAUUCACCACAUGUCUUCUAAGUGUCAAAUCUCUUUUAGCAUCUAUAUAAUACGCAUAAAUGAAGUAGAUGCUUUUAGAUUUGCCAUCAUAUGCUUAUUUAUUCAUUACUCAGCCGAGACAAAUAAUAAUUAUGACUCAGUUCCUGAAUGAACAAUAUGACAAUAUGAUUCAUUGUUGUGUGCCAAUAUAGGUGCUCCUCUAAUGGUUUUGACGCACAAACAUCAUGGAAAUAUUUAUUUACGUGCAUAUGUAUAUUAAGUUAUGUCUUACAA